AUGAGUGCGGAAUUCUGUGAUUUAAUUUUUGAAGAUUUGGAUGUUUCUGAAGAAAAUAAGGAAAAUUGGGGAUGUGUUUUUGUAAAUUCCUGUAAUUCCACUGGUACUUUCAGGAUUGAGCCGCCUGUUUAUCAGCGGCACAAAACAUCACUUCGGCAUCAAAUUUUCAUUCGGCCUGAAGUGCUCACGAUACGACCUUUUGUUUUGGGAGCCAUCCUGGUUGGCGUGCAAUUGGAUGCAGAUUCGUACGCUUCGUUCAUUGAUUUGCAGGACAAGCUACAUCAAAAUAUUUGCCGAAAGAGGUCACUUGUCGCUAUUGGCACACAUGAUUUGGAUACCGUGCAAGGACCGUUUUACUAUGGUGCUGAAAAGCCGCGCGAGAUUCGAUUCAGACCACUCAAUCAGACGAAGGAAUAUACGGCCGAAGAGUUGAUGAUUUUAUAUUCGACGGAUAAUCAUUUAAAGCGAUAUCUUCCGAUCAUUGCUGGUGAAGAGCGGUAUCCAGUGAUUCGGGAUAGCAAUGGCGUGGUGCUCUCAAUGCCACCGAUAAUUAAUGGUGAACAUUCGAAAAUCCAUCUUGGAACCCGUAAUAUUUUAAUCGAAGUUACUGCAACCGAUUUGGAGAAGGCUACAAUUGUACUCAAUACACUUGUUGCUAUGUUCAGUCAGUACACCACAGCAAGUGCUGAGAGUGAUAACGCCUCGUUCCUCGUCGAACCGGUUGAAAUAGUUUCAGUAGAUGGAUCGAGGCAAGAAUACCCGGAAUUGCGCGAAAGAUCGAUGACUGUGAGCGCUGCGAACAUCAAACAAAGAAUCGGUGUGGAUUUGAAAGCGGACGAAAUUUGCGAGUUGCUGAACAGAAUGUCAUUAAGGGCAAACCUCAAACAAGGAGAUAAGACCCGUGAUGCGGUGGAAGUUCAAAUCCCGAUAACACGAGCCGACAUACUGCACGAAUGUGACGUAGCCGAGGAUGUCGCAAUCGCGUAUGGAUUCAAUCGAAUCGAACAGCAGUUCCCGAAAGCGAAUACGAUCGGCGAACCAUUUGCUUUGAAUAAGCUAACUGAUCUGCUCAGAUAUGACAUUGCUGCUGCUGGCUGGACCGAGACACUCAAUUUUGCACUGUGCAGCCGCGACGAUAUCUCAGUGAAGUUGAAAAAACCCGAUAAUCUCAAAAAAGCCAUUAAAAUAUCAAAUCCGAAAACACUCGAAUUUCAGGUUGCCAGGACAACGUUAUUACCUGGUUUACUGAAAACACUUGCGUCAAAUAGAGAUAUGCCUUUACCGUUGCGAUUAUUCGAAAUACAGGAUGUGGUAUUGAAAGAUUCGACCUCAGAUGUGGGCGCAAAAAAUGAGCGUCGUUUGUGUGCCGUUUAUUGCAGUAGGACGUCAGGUUUCGAGAUUAUCCAUGGGCUUCUGGAUCGCAUUAUGCAACUUCUCGGCGUGAAAUGGACCAGGGACGGCACCGGAUAUUACAUUUCCGCUCAUGAAGAUCCGACAUUUUUGGAUGGUCGCUGUGCCAGGAUUGUUGGGCCCGGUGAUACAACACUGGGUACAAUUGGUGUUUUGCAUCCUGAUGUGAUUACUGCUUUUGCACUUACACUGCCAAUUUCAGUGAUCGAUUUAAAUAUCGAACCAUUUUUGUGA